AGGCGCCUUUCUUUCCUCUGGUGGAACAAGCAGGGGGGGAGACUGAGGCACAGGGAAACGGGCAAAGUGUGCCCCCCCCUCCCAAGUGGCAAGGCCCUGAUCCAGCCUAGGGGCCUCUUUGGUGCCCUUUCAAUAAAACUGAAGAUGCUGGGAGAUCUGAGGACGGAGUCUGGCUAGCUGCGCCCAGGCUUAGGCAGGUCGUCAGAUACUGGAUCACCUGGCUGGAGUGCAAGCGAAAGCAGAUCCCUUGUGAAGAAUAAAAGAAAUUUUAAGUAACAGCCGAACAUUAGAAGAGUGGAGACGCGCAAAGGAAAAAAACAGAGAUGGCCAAUUUUUUCAAGAAGAUUGGGGAUGGUUUUCAGGGUAUAACGAAGGACAUAGACCACGUACUUUGGAAUAAAGACCAGCCAUCACCUGGGGACAUGAUGCAGUUUCAGAUGCCAGGAUUCCAGCACUGGGGCAUCUACGUGGGAGACGGAAACGUGGUCCAUUUUGCAUGGCCAGCUGUUAGCCUCAUUCCACUAAAAUACGCAGUCCGAAAAGAAAAAGUGAAGAAUAUCAAAGGGGUACUGGCUACUGCGGUAUACAAUAAGUAUGACCAAGACUACACGCCGUUGCCUCAAGAUCGUGUGGUAAGAAGAGCUGAGCACAUGGUGGACAAAGUCAUGAAAUAUGAUCUGGCCAAAGCUAACUGUGAACACUUUGCCACGAUGAUGAGGUACAACAUUCCUAUUUCAGGGCAGGCAGAGAGAUUUAAUUUUGACGUGGAUCCAGGCUUUGUGGAAGAGCUCAGAGGAUGGAUGGCUGAGAUCGAUGACCAGAAAGACUGCACAGCUGAGAUGACGCCAGUGCUAGAGCAGUAGAGCAUCCAAGGAUGUUCUCCAUAUUCUUCGAUCAGCCUGCUGAAAUGCUCAAGAAUCCUUGACAGUCCUUCAUAUGGGAAGCAACAGAACUA